ACCCGGACUUAUAUCUGUGGUGUACAAGCAAUUCCUUUAUUUUCCAAGUUUCUACUCGGAUUCAUAUCUCAUGCAGACUUUAUUCUUUCCUCUGUUCGUCUCAUGGAAGUGUAUUUAUCCGAUUCAAAUCUCUGCAGCCCUUACAUUGUUAACUGGACGUCAGCAGCGUGGCUUGAGGCAUGUCUCAAGGCAGUCAACACGGCAAAUGGAGCGUCUCCAGCAGCGAGGACGACGACGACGAGCUUCGUCUGUCGGGGAAGUCGUCGAAGCCCCCACAGUUGACCGUGUCCAAUCACAGCUCGCUGUCUUCCUCCAUCCUGGACAUAGACAGCAGCUCCGUGGAGAAGAAACCAGAACGGUCUCAAGUUUCUACUCUUGUGGUCGGUUCUGAGGCCAGACAACAGGCUGCAAAGAACCAGACAAACCCUAUCAAAUAUGAAUCCUCCCCAUCUUUAGCUGGGAAGAGGAAGGCGGACCCGCCAGAUGGUUCUGGUUGGGCGCUCUCCGACAGCGACGGCGAUGAAGAUGCAAAGAGUAACCCACCGCCAGGGAGGAAGGCUCCCAGUCCUAAACGCAAGAAGGUGGGGGAUGCUCGCCCUCCCAGCCCCCACGGACGUGUGUACUACAUUGACGAGCCCGAUGACUUUUUUGAGUCCAGCGUUCCCCGUCUAGAUGACACAUUCAGGUUUUACCUCAACAAGGUGACGGGCCUGGACAGGAAGUACAACAGUGGAGCGCUGCAUGUCAGAGACAUCCUCUCGCCAUUAUUCGGCACUUUAAAAGAAUCUGUUCAGUUUAACUACUGCUUUGACAUCGCCUGGAUGCUUCAACAAUAUCCUCCAGAGUUCAGGGAUCGUCCCAUCCUGAUUGUCCACGGGGACAAGCGGGAGGCCAAGGCUCGGCUGGUGCAGCAGGCUCAGCCCUUUUCUCACAUUCGCUUCUGCCAGGCCAAACUGGACAUCGCAUUUGGAACGCACCACACGAAGAUGAUGCUGCUGUGGUAUGAGGAGGGCUUCCGAGUCAUCAUCCUAACCUCCAAUCUCAUCCGAGCCGACUGGUACCAGAAGACACAGGGGAUGUGGAUGAGUCCUCUGUUUCCACGGUUACCUAAGGGCAGCAGCGACACCUGUGGCGAGUCGCCCACCUUUUUCAAGAGAGACCUGCUCGAAUAUCUGGCAUCCUAUCGGGCGGCCGAGCUGGAAGAGUGGAUUCAGCGGAUCAAAGAGCACGACCUCUCGGAGACCAGGGUGUAUCUGGUGGGCUCCACUCCUGGCCGAUAUGUAGGACCAGACAUGGAGCGCUGGGGGCACCUGAGGCUCAGGAAGCUGCUGUACGAGCACACCAACUGCGUCCCCGAUGAGGACCAGUGGCCAGUGGUGGGCCAGUUCUCCAGCAUCGGCUCCAUGGGCGUGGAUAAAACAAAGUGGCUGGCUGGAGAAUUCCAGCGCACCCUUACCACGCUGGGAAAGGCAUCCCAUCGUCCCAACCCCCCCGUUCACUUGUUAUAUCCAUCAGUGGAAGAUGUCAGGAUGAGUUUAGAAGGUUAUCCUGCUGGUGGCUCUCUUCCCUACAGCAUUCAGACAGCGCAGAAGCAACUCUGGCUGCAUUCCUACUUCCACCGAUGGCAAGCAGACACAACUGGGCGGACUCACGCCAUGCCCCACAUCAAGACUUAUAUGAGGGCAUCACCCGAUUUUACGCAGCUAGCCUGGUUCCUUGUCACUAGUGCCAACCUGUCCAAAGCAGCGUGGGGAGCUCUGGAGAAGAACAACACACAAGUGAUGAUUCGAUCCUAUGAGCUUGGCGUCCUCUACGUGCCCCCAGCCUUUAACAUGAAGACAUUCCAAGUGAGGAAAAAUCCAUUUCCCGUCUCGUCAUCAUCCUCCGGUUUCCUCGUGCCAUUUGACCUACCCCCAACAUGCUACACAACUAAAGAUCAACCUUGGAUCUGGAAUAUUCCGUAUAGUCAAGCUCCAGACACACACGGCAACGUUUGGGUUCCCUCCUAAAAAAUGGACACUUGUUUUUUUUUUUUUUUUUUAUUAUUAUUCUUAUUCUUGUGCUUGUAACUGUCACAUUUGUCAUUUUUAUGCCAUUUUCAUAUCUUUUUGAUACAAUAAAAUAUAAUCAUCUCAUCAUGU